AUGUCAGUACUACCUCCUCAAUUGGGAUCAGCUCUUCAAUUAGGAGCAGUUAUGCAGGCAAAUGCGAAUAAUGCAAGUCCUGGAUUAGUUACUCAUAGGACCCCUGGCCAUCCUGGUCCAGGAGGUCAAUCUCCAACAGUUUCUCAAAGUCAUACCAUUAGCCAGCAAUCCAGUUCUAGCAUAUUAAUGCCACAAGCUCAUUUUGAAAGCAAUACAUCAUCCAAUUUAUUGGUGGAUAUAUUAUGUGAAAUAGCAGAUUUUAGUGUUGAUUUAGCUUUAAGACUUUCUCAAAGAACCGGCAACCAAUGGAGACCUAAAGUACUUAAUCAUAAUAAACACUUGAAAAGACCAAUAACUAGACAACCAUUAGAGGAUCCAAAUAAACCAAAAAGACCUCAUAAUGCUUAUACACUAUGGUGUGAACAUAUACGGCAAAAAGUUCGUGAAAAAGACCCAACCAGAUCAUUACAUAUUAAAGAUCUUGCGGAAAUGUGGAAAAAUCUUCCUGAGCUUGAAAGAUCACCUUGGGAAAGAAAAGCUCAGGAUGUUAAACAAAAAUAUCUUGUAGAUAUGGCUGCUUAUCGUACGACUUCUGGAUCACCAGGCCAUCCACAAGCUUCUUCAGGAACUCCUCCACCAAGUUCUAUACAGCAACUUUCUGGAAUUCCAAACCAAAGGGAGUUUUAUUCAUAA